AUGAAGCAGGAGCGGCUAUUUGGUGGUCCUAUAUCUGCUCACGCUUCAAUUUCUGGACUGGAGAUGGUAGCACGUUAUUACGAUGAGACUGAAGAUCAGUUUAAGGAAAUCACACAUCAACUACCACUCAAGCGUCACUCUAUUGAAAUUGUCAUCCGCGCACACCCUGCACAAUAUGAACUUUUCUUCGUGGUGCAAGAGGGGGAACAAUCCGCCGGCCUCGUCAAGCUAGGUGAGAUCUCCAGCACAGCAUUGACAACCCGCAGAUCAGGAAAAGAAUCACCUAAUACCAGAGCUCAUUUCGCGAUAUAUGCACAAGGUGCUUAUGACAAGUCAUGCUUUGACCCGGCGCAUUCUGAAUUUGUUGAGUGGACGGCGGUCUCCCCACGCGAUUGA